AUGUCAAAGACCCCGGAAGUGGCGUCGUCCUGGGUCCGCGUCAACCGCACCGGAGACGUAGGCUUCGACGCCAAAUCGACCGCUACGCUGGUGCGCGAUACACCGCCUCACUUCCAGUGGACCGGCACCGGCUCGGUGCGCUCGUGGCAGUCGAACGACUUGCUCCACUGGACCGCGGCGGAGGACGCAAUCGUGGGCCGGCCCGGCAGCUUCGACCCAGGCUACUGCGAGGCGGGCGCUCCACCGGUGCGCCUCGCCGACGGCAACUACUUCACGACCUACGACACUAUCAUUGGCAGUCAACGGCAUGGCUGGGCUGCCGGUUGGGUAGUGCUGAACGGCAGCAACCCGCGCGAGGUGCUCCAGCGGGGUGGCGAGCCGCUCGUCGAGCCGACUCGCCCGUGGGAGCUGCAGACGCCGCCGCAGUGGAAUUGGACGCAGGCGGUCCAGGAGGGCGGGGUGCCGAUGAUUGGCGCGACCAACGGGCUCAUGCCAUUAGGUGGUGAUGUGUUUUUGGCUUGGGCGUGCGCCUCUGAUUCGGUGGUGGAGGCGUUCGAGGUGCGGGUGACGAAGUGGUAA